UUCCACUCAGACUCCACCUGAGCUGCUCUCAGCUGAAUAACAGCAUUGUAUUACUCCCUGGCCUCUCUUCCUCACCAGCUGUAUUUAUGAGUAGUGGAAACGGCUCAUUUCAUUGCAAUGGACCAUGUUGUUUUGCUGCUGGUGUGUGUUGCUCCAGUGGUGCAGUGCUAUGGCUCAGGUCGAGUUAUGGAAAGCUGUGGAGACAUGCAACCCCACCACGAUGGACUGAGCCCACAGACAGGACCUGCACCCUUCACCGUCACCACCGACCGCAGCCACUAUAGACUGGGAGAGGCAGUGACAGUUCAGCUCCAGGCUCCGUCGUCCACUCGAUUUACCGGUUUCCUGUUGCAGGCUAGAGAGGUGGGGGGAGAGUCUGCUGUGGGCUCCUUUGCUCCGACAGCAGCAGCUGUUCAGCGCCUCACCUGCAGCCAGAAACCUAACUCAGCUGUAUCCCACACUUCAGCGUCUGUUAAGACCUCCAUUCAGGUGACGUGGAUAUCAGAAGCACCAGGAGACCCAAAACCCAUUCAGUUUCAUGCAUCCUUCGUGCAGAAUUACUGGACAUUCUGGGUUGAUGUUAGAAGUCCUGCCCUGAUCUUCGCCAACAACAGUACUGGUGGAUCUAGUGGAUCUGGGACAAGUCUCCCAACUACACCAACAAUGACAGCUACAAUACAGAAACCUGCACCAGCUGUUCUUAGUACAAUAUCCAGUGCAGACUGCGGUAUCACCAAGGUGUGUUUCAGUCAGCCUUCAAACUGUGACCCUUCAGUCAGUGCUGAGUGUUAUUUCAUGUCAGCCACGAUAGUGUCUCCCAGUGAUGCAGCUGUCCGCUUUGAGAUGAUAGGUCCUUCCGAUGGAUACAUUUCUUUUGGAUUCUCAGAUGAUCAGAUGAUGGGAAACGAUGACAUUUAUAUUUGUGGUAUAGGCAGUGAUGGCCUGGUGCAGGUACAGCAUGCCUUUUCAACAGGACGAACAACUCCACAAGCUUUUCCUCCGGGUAAUGUUUCAGAUGUAAGAGCAUCGGUGCAGGACACGGUGAUUAGCUGUUCCUUCACUUCCAUGAACACUUUGUCGACUCAGAGGACCACUGGCUUCAACAAAACCUACUAUCUCAUAUUUGCCCAUGGGCCAAGCAGCAAGGGACAAAUCCAGAUCCAUACAGAUACCUUCAUCAGCACUGACAAGGUAGACAUUUCCACACCCCAGCUUGUGGAAAAAGCUGGAUUGCCUCAUAUCAUCAAAGCCCAUGGAGCCCUGAUGCUGAUAGCCUGGAUGACCACAGGAUCACUGGGAAUGAUGGUAGCCCGGUAUCUGAAAGGCAUAGCCAAAGGAAGGAACCUCUGGGGCAAAGAUGUCUGGUUUCUGGUCCAUGUGGGAGCGAUGAGUGUGACAGUAGUAGCCACAAUCAUUGCCUUUAUCCUCGCCUUCUCCUACACCAAGGACUGGUCUGGGGGAGCCCAUCCAGUGUUAGGCUGCCUGGUUAUGGUCCUUUCAUUCCUCCAGCCCAUAGUGGCUCUGCUGCGCUGUGGAUCACAACAUCCAAUGAGGUUUUUUUUCAACUGGUCACAUGCUUUAAAUGCAGUGGUAAUAAAAGCAUUAUCUGUGGCAGCCAUAUUUACAGGCCUGAAGUUGAUUGACAGCACUCUGGACCAAUGGCUUAUGAAAGUCAUGGGAGGUUUUGUUGGCUGGGAAGCUUUGUUCUUCAUCCUGUUGGAUGUCCAUUUCAGAUGGAAUAACAGUAUCGAUACUUUGGAAUCAAAAACGAUGGUUGGUAUCUUGCUGAUGGCCCUGUUCUUCCUGGGAAACAUUACCUUUUUGGUGGCACUGUUGGUUGGAAUUGGGAUGUCAUAUGAAGAGCGUGACUGAGCAAAAACAACUUACUAAAACAUCUCUGUUGUUACCUUAUAUACCAGGAAAUUGCCAAAUUGAGGAAUCAAUUUUUUUUUAUUGACAUUUUUAAAAUGAAAUACUAGAACAUAUCCAUUAAUAUCUCAUUUGUAGGCCCUGCCUCAAAAUAAAUAAAAAUACGUACUUUUUGACUUUUUAAAUGUAGAUUCAAGUAAAUUCUGUAAACAUGAUACUUAAUACUUAGUGAUAAUCAUAUUUUUGAAACCAUGCAUACGUUUGUUAUUAUUUAAGUAGAGAAGAAUUAUAAACAUGUGAAGAUAAGCCACCUUCUCUCUUAUUUUAUAAUUAGUAGGUUAUGGGUUAUUAUGUCAUUUUCAAGGAUUGUUGUUGCUGACAACAUGUUGUUCUUGGAUGGGCCUAAGCCAUUGGAAUCACGGUAGGAAAAUACCUGUGACUGUGACUUGAACUGGAUUCGAGCAGCCACCGGUAAGCCAGUCCAGGAUGCAGUGAGGUAGUGUAGUGGGAUUUCAGAGCAGACUGAGCACAUCCAGUUGUGAUGUCACAAUGGAACCAAAAGAUGUUUUGUGAAGAAAUGGCAGCUCAACAUUAUAUAGUGGUCAGAUUAAACAUAAUUCAGUGAAGGGAGGUAAACCUGAGCAAAUGUUUCAACAGAAACUCAAUUGAAACCAUAUUUUCCAUAAUAUGUCCCAUUUUUAAUGUUUCUAAUAUAGAAAUUAAGUGUAACUCAAUGCAAAUAAGUGCUAAAAUGAACCUAUACUGUUUAUAGAUGAUGUAUUAAGAGAAAAUCAAGUGACAUAAUGUUGUUGUUCAUGUUAGUGCUGAGAUGUGGAGAAAAGCUUGAUGUUGACAUUCAGACGCGUGUAUAUAAUAUAAUGUAACAUCACAAUUUAAUUUGUACGGUCCACUGUGAUGUCACAUUGUAUGUGUUAUGUCCACUCUAACAUCACACUACACUGCUCCUCUUUAGCCUAUACUGGCUAGGUGGCUGCUCAUAUCCUAUUGUACUUGCCUACUGUGCCGCAAAUGGCUCAGGCUCAUCCUACAUCCAGGACAUGGUCAAACCACGCACCCUAGCUCACUUCCACCACACUCGGUUCUGCCAAAACGGUUUGCUACUGCCUCUACAGCUCAACAAAAUCCAGACUUUGCUCUCCUGGCUCCAUAUUGGUGGAAUGUGCUCCCCAUUGAUAUCAGGGAAGCAGCAACUUUACACAUCUUCUAUUGUAGACUAAAAAAUUAAAAAGCUGAUGUACUUGCAUGACUCUUA